AACAAGUAAGCCAAGAUAGGCCCCGUCCAUAGCCGACUGAGGAAGGAGGAUAAGGUAAGGUAAAGGAGGCAGACAAAGCGAGCGAGACGAGAGCGUAGCAGUCAGCGUGAGAGAGAGAUGGCAGCAGGAACGGCCGGGGCGGCAGCGGGGGCGGGAUGCCAUCUCGCCCGCCUCCCCCACGUUCCCAUGUCGGUCAGCAUGCCCGCGGCCGGCGCUGCCGCUAGCAGCAGGAGGAGGAGGUGCGGGCUAGCGGCGGCGGUGGCGGUGUCAGCGGCAGCAGCAGCGACCGACGGGCGGGUGCUGGGCCGGCGCCCCGUGGAGGACGUGUACAAGGUGCGCGUGGUGCGCGGCGCGGCGGCGCAGGAGCGGGUGGAGGCGCUGCGGGCGAUGGAGACGUGGUCGACGUGGCGCACGGGGGGCCGCUGCCGCCUGGCCUGGGACUGGCAGGUGGACCAGCUGGUGUACAUCGUCGCCGGCGAGGUCCGCGUGCUCCCCGCCGGGGCCACCACCGGCGAGGAGUACAUGCACUUCGUCGCCGGCGACCUGGUCAGGUACCCCAAGUGGCUGGAGGCGGACCUCCACUUCGACGGGCCCUACGAGGAGCGCUACCGCUUCCUCGCCUACGGCGACGACAACUGAGCCGCGGCGCCCCCUCCCUCCUGGAUCAACUAGUUCGCUGCCUGUAUCGUCGUCAGUAGCCUAGCUAGCUCAUUGGUCCUUUUAGUUUGCUGAAGCUUUCGUUUGGGUUCUAGCCGUAUAUUUUUCCUUUCGUUUGCUUUAGUUCUAGCUCAUAAUCAUAGUUGCAUCGUUUAUGAGGAAAGGUACAAUUUCAUUUAGAAACCAUUCGAAAGUUGGAGAAAAUAUGAGCAAUCUUAUUUGCUUCUCUA